UUUUUAAGAGACUUAAAUGGUAUCCACUAGCUUGGUUCUUUAUAUAUAACAACACCCCCCACAAUAUUAAUACAUUAAAACACUAGCAUUAACUGUCUUUAUGAUGUGUAUAUAAGUUUUGAACCACAUGGAAAAGGGAAAGUCCUCGGGCACAGCCAUGAGGUCCUUCGCCGCGUUUCUGAUCUUCUUCUCCGGCGUCGGAUUUAUUGGAUGUAAACCCUCGUCGCCCUGUCCGAGUGGACAGUUUAUGCUGAAGAGCCAGUGUGUCCUCUGUCACCCCACCUGCUCCGAGUGCGACGGGCACGAGCUGUUUGAAUGCACUACCUGUGGAGUUAAUGAAGAUGGACAGGAACGUUUUCUUCACCAAGGACGCUGUCGGACACACUGCCCCCGGGGACUCUAUCCUGACAGGGGUCACUAUGCCUGCCUGCCCUGCAUAGCCAAUUGUGAACUCUGCACAGAUGGCAACAUAUGUGCCAAAUGUCGGGAACACUACAAACUCCAGAACGGGGUCUGCCAAACGACGUCCUGUGACAUAGGGCAGGUGCAGGACCCUGACACAGGAGAGUGCAUUGACUGUGAGAUGGGUUGCAAAACAUGUUCCACAGACGACCCUGAGAUCUGCAACAGCUGUGUUGAAGGUUACUUUCUUUUCAGACACCAGUGUCGCAGGCACUGUCCCCAGAGCACCUAUGAGGACUGGGGCAAGGGUGUGUGUCUGUCCUGUCCAGCACCAUGCACAGAUUGCAGGAGUAACACACACUGCCUCUCCUGCCAACCUGGUUACUUCCUCAAUGGAGGUGAGUGUAUGAAACAGUGCCCACAGAAAACCUUCAGUGACUCCAGUGGGUGGCGCUGCCAGCCUUGCUACAGCUCAUGCCAGACAUGCCAUGGGUCUCAUCCGUCAGACUGUGAUCUUUGUCUUGGUGGAAAUGCUCCACUACAUGGGCAAUGUCCUCUGGUUAACUGUCCCUUGGGACAGUACUAUGACGGUAAAUAUAGUGAAUGUCAGGCCUGUGAUGCAUCCUGUAAAACGUGUUUUGGCCCACAAGCACUGGAUUGUUCUUCCUGCUUCAAAGGAUAUUUCCUGGACCAGGAUGGCUCUUGUGUAAUGCAGUGUCCAUCCGGCUCCUAUGCAAAUUCUGCAACUCAGCUGUGUGAAGACUGCUCGCCAAACUGUGAGGCCUGUGUGGACACCAGUGAUAACUGCAUCAGCUGUUCCAAAAGCAGCUAUAAACUUUUUCUCCACCAGGGACGGUGUUGGUCGAAUUGCCCUGAAGGUUUCUUUGAGACAGCAGAGGGGUCAUGUGAAGUCUGCGACAGCUCUUGUCUGACAUGUGAUGGGAUCAAGUCACAGUGUCUGUCCUGUGCUGAUGGCUACUACUUAGAGAGUGGUAUGUGUAGACUCAACUGUUCACUGCGUUCAUACCCUGCGGAUGAUGGCACGUGCAGACGCUGCCCUCCCCACUGUGACGUUUGCUCAGACGACAGGACCUGUUUCAAAUGCAGUUUUCUCUACCUAAUGCUGAAUGGUGUGUGUAAGGCUAGUUGUCCAAUGGGCUACUAUGAGGACAUGGAGGAGGGCCGCUGUGGUCAGUGCCACCCGACCUGUGGCAGCUGUUCAGGGCCUCUGGCAGAUGAUUGUGAGACGUGCUCCACGUUUAGCCCCAAACUUUAUAAGGGUGAAUGUACCAAGGACUGCCCCACUGGUACCUACUAUGAAACUGAAGCCAUGGAAUGCCAAGAGUGUCACCAGACUUGUAUGAGCUGCUCUGGCCCAGAGCCAAACCAGUGCACGCAGUGUGAGAGGGGACUCGUGCUCGAUCCAAACACAUUGCUGUGUGGCGUGACGGGCGACACGGACUGCCCACCGAGGACCUACCUACACGACGACCAGUUCACCUGCAUGGGUUGCCACCGCCACUGUUACUCAUGCGAGGGACCAGGCAACGAUGAAUGCCAGACCUGCGCCAUUCCCAAAUACCUUCAUAACAAAACCUGCGUAAGCGAGUGUCCGGCUAGGUCAUACGACACACGUCAAGAGGCAGACGGAACAGAGCUGGGAUACUGUUUGCCUUGUGACCGCGCCUGUUCCACCUGCACUGGUGCUUCACCAAGAGAUUGUCUCACUUGCUCCCAAGGAUACCUGCGUCUCCUUCAGCUCUGUGUUACUCACUGUCCCACAGGGUAUUACAGAGAGGGCUCCCACUGUGAGAAAUGUGACCGGUCCUGUGAGCGGUGUACAGGACCAGGGCCUGAGUCCUGCCGGGCCUGUUCACCUCCUCUUCUGGAGCUGCAAGGCACCAAGUUGUGUGUCAAGCAUUGUCCACAUCGCUUCUAUCAGCUUGAUGACAUCUGCAAACAGUGCCACACUAGCUGUCAGACCUGCACAGAUGCCUCACCUCAGGGUUGCGUGACAUGCGAUUGGGGCAACACUUUAAAGGACAAAGUCUGCUACCCACGUUGUGAGGAGGGGCGAUACUUCUCGGCAGAGGAAACCUGUGAGCCAUGUGACAGCUCGUGUAGGCAUUGCACCGGCCCCAGGCCAGACCAGUGUCUGACCUGUCACCGAGACUCUGCUCUCCACGCUGUGGAGAACCGGUGUGCCCGCUGCUGCCAUCCUGGAGGGAAUAACACCGAUUGCUGUGUUUGUGACAGCCGCUCCGCUCUGUGUGUGGAGGCGCCCCAACCCAAGUCAGGACAGGAUCAGGAGACAGACCUGAACAUGUCGUCUAGAGCUCUGAAGCACACCUCAGCCGCCUUGCCUAUCGCACUGCUGCUGGCGUUGGGGUUGGCUCUGGCUGUGUUUGCCUUGGUUAAGACCCAUGCCAGGAAGAGGCUUUGCUGGAGCCAGAGCUAUGAGAGACUGAGCGGCAGCGGCAGCAUCAGCAUGCCCCACGGUGUGCCGGAGCCGGACAGCGGAGACGAGGUGGAUGUGGUGUACACCAGCAAAGGUGGAUCGGUUUAUAGGCGCUACAGCUUCAUCCACGAGCAGGACACAGAUGCAGACCAGGGUGUGGAUGAGAACACGUGUCUCAGUCAAUCUUAGACACAGUCAUACCAGAGGGGUGUAUUACAAAGCAAGAUUAAUGAGCUACUAAGGUACUGUAUGUUGACUCUAAAGACAGGUUUAUAAUGUUACAUACUUAAACAUGCUGAAGCAUAUACAUUGGUAAUGUCAAACAAAGCCGUAUAUUUACAGCAGAGCAAACUGUUUGCAUUGAGUUGUGCUUAUUUGCCAGGUGAACCUCUAAGCGUUCAGUUGGUGAUGCAGAGUUUUAUUUUACAAAAUAAAGAAAACUGCUCCAGGUUGAGUGAGCCGGCACACAGUCGGUCCAUUUUGUGCGGAAGAAGAGUCAAAUGAUACAAACAUUAAAACGCCCCUUUUUAUAGGAGCCUUAUGAAGGAAAAACUGUUCACACAGUAGUGAUACUCAUCACAUUUGUUUGGGGUUUUUGGUUCGGUUGAGCCAGCUCAUGCAAAUAAAAGCCUUGCUAUGUUGAACUUGCUUCUUAAUAUACCCCCCCAGAUGUUACAGUAACAGAAGAAUGUAUUGUGGAUGUUCACAUCAUCAAGACUGACGGGAGAACUCAAAUAGUUUACUUAAUGUUUAGAUGAGAAUGUAGUUGCAUUUUUUCCGUUGUUAUGUUUUGCUUUUUGCAUUCGGGUGUUUCUUUUAUUCUACAAAGUGCCUGUAUCUGUACAAUGCACAUUCUUAGAUGAGGCAUUUGUGAGCAAACGGUGAAAAAAAAAAUACAUAUAUGUGUAUAUGUAUGUAUAUGUCUUUUUUUACUCUAUUUGUUAAAUCGUCGAACAAACGAUCAUGUGUAAUCACCGAAAAUCUGCAUGAUAUGGUGUAAAUAGAGAAAUAAAUUAAAUAAAAAAC